CUGGAGUCCUCAAAAACAAAAACAAAACACGAUCGUGCUACGCAGAAGCGGUUGCAGCGUUUUGUCUCAUUUGUCUGCGCUAAUAUGGGGAAAGGAAAGAAUAACCCGAAGUCGCCACAGAAAAUGCAGUGCUUAUGGAAUCAGUUGGCGGACGAGUUGAAUGCAUUGAGGGGACCAACACGCACCGCAGUAAAGUGGAAAGAGUCCUGGUAUGACUACAAACUGCGUUGGGAGCCUAAAGAAUAUGGUGGAGUACAUAUGCUGCAUGUACCCUCUGAUCACAUUUGGCGACCGGACAUUGUUUUAUAUAACAAUGCUGAUGGUAACUUCGAAGUGACACUAGCGACAAAAGCAACAAUUUACUCAGAGGGAUUAGUCGAAUGGAAACCUCCAGCUAUUUACAAAUCAUCCUGUGAAAUAGAUGUAGAAUAUUUUCCUUUCGACGAACAAACAUGUGUGCUCAAAUUUGGCAGUUGGACGUAUGAUGGGUUUAAGGUUGAUCUUCGACAUAUGGAUGAACAACAGGACAAUAAUAUCGUUGAUGUAGGAGUAGACCUAUCCGAGUUCUAUAUGUCUGUCGAGUGGGAUAUUCUUGAAGUUCCGGCUGUCAGAAACGAAAAAUUCUACACAUGCUGCGAUGAACCCUACCUGGACAUUACAUUCAAUAUAACAAUGAGGAGGAAGACAUUAUUUUAUACUGUUAACAUCAUCAUUCCAUGCAUGGGAAUAUCUUUUUUAACAGUUUUGACUUUCUAUUUGCCCUCGGAUAGCGGAGAAAAGGUAAAUUACAUAGUCAAACGGAUACUCAUAGCCGAAAUUUAA